GGGGCAGCGACAGCCCACCGGCUGUGAGGAGGAGCACGACGAGGGCUAGCCGGCAUGGCGCAGAGUCGGCCCAUCAAGAUGGUGGUGGUGGGUGACGGCAUGGUGGGCAAGACCUGCCUGCUGGUCGCAUUCACUACCGGAGCCUUUCCCGGCACCGACUACGAGCCGACCGUCUUCGACAACUACGCCGGAGUGGUCGUGGACGGCGUCACUGCCAACCUGACGCUGUGGGACACCGCGGGUCAAGAGGACUACGAGAAGCUGAGGCCGCUUUCCUACCCUGGGUCGGACGUCUUCCUGCUGUGCUUCAGCAUCAGCAGCGAAGCCUCGUAUAACAACAUCUUGACAAAGUGGCAACCCGAGCUCAAGCAUCACUGCCCCACGACGCCGUACGUCUUAGUAGCGUAUCUAUCGCAGCUCAGGAAACUGUCAGCAAGUGAUUCUUCCGGUCUCCGCAUGUGUGCGACUCAGAAAGAAGGAAUGGCGCGCAAGAAGAGGUGCAGCCAGCAGAAGGAACGGAGCCACUCUCUUCCUUUUGGCAUCUUGCAGCGACAUGUGGACGACGAGGUGAUUGGCCACGCGCAUCAUGCUUCACCUUUCUAA